AUGCUAGUCGCUUCUUUACAGAGCGAAGGGAGCGUCAUUCGGGGCGACGGGCGUCGUGGACGCUCGGACCAGCACAUACAAGACCACAUCUACUUUCCAAUGAUCAGAGGGAGGACAAGCUCGUCGGAGCCCAGGACGCCCAUCUGGCUAGAUUGUGACACUGGUCAUGACGAUGCUUUUGCUAUACUACUGGCCGCAAGAUCGCCGAAUGUGAAGUUGCUCGGGAUCAGUACUGUAUAUGGAAAUGCACCUCUCGAGAGCACGACCUACAACACCCGAGCUAUACUAAAGGCGAUCGGCCGAGAGGAUGUCCCAGUAUAUGCUGGCGCAUCGAGACCUUUACGACGAGACGCUGCUCAUGCCGCUGACAUUCAUGGCGAGAGUGGACUCGAUGGCACAUACUGUCUACCACAGCCAACAGUACUUGCGCACGAACAAGGGGCUCUGGACGCCAUCAACGCAGUUCUCACUGCCCAGCCAGCAGGGACUGCCUGGCUCGUCGCUACUGGGACUCUGACGAAUAUGGCCAUGCUCUUCGAAAGACACCCAGCCCUCACCAGCCAUAUCGCAGGCCUCAGCAUUAUGGGAGGAGCGAUCGGUGGAGACUUCACGGACGCACCCACUGGUGCUGUACUCGGUGAAGGCGAACGGUUCGGAAACUGGACGCCAAACGCAGAGUUCAAUAUCUAUUGCGAUCCAGAAGCUGGCCAUGCUAUCUUCUCCCAAGCAAAGCUAGCAGCCAAAACAGUGCUGAUUCCAUUGGAUGUCACCCAUCAAUUCCUUGCCACUUCGACCGUGAGGAUGGGCCUGUUAUUCGGUGCAGCACAGAGUAUAUCUCCAGAGCGCACCAUCGCCGACGUGUCCCCUCACCGACGAUUGUUCUUCGAGAUCGCCACAUUCUUCGCCAAGACGUAUGCGGACAUUUUCGGAUUCAAGCUUGGCCCUCCCGUACACGAUCCUUUAGCCGUGGUUGCUGCAUUUCGGCCAGAUCUGUUUGUCUACAACGAUAGCAAAGAUCCAUCCGCCAGCCAAGCGGAGAGAUUCCAUGUGCAAGUGGUCACAGAGGGAGAACGUGGAAAUACAUCCGAGAUCCGCAGCGAGCCUUCUCAGUGCGGCCGCACAGUCGUUACACCAGCAGCACCUGGACAGCCGGGCGUCACCAUCCCACGUGGUUUGGACAGCCAGUCAAUUUGGGUUCUGAUCGAAGGCUGUCUGAGCCGCACCGACCAUGCGCUCGGCUCGUCAGAGACUCCCAGCACAGCAGCCCACAGGAAAACACAAGACCCCCUUGACGGACAAGCAGAUUUCGCGUCCCUUGUUGGAAACUCCGGCGAAACGACAUUGUCACAAGUCGAGGUCAUGGCGGGAAUACCGGAUAUCAGGGUGACUGCGAAAAAUCCAGAGAACCUGAAGACGAACAAGAUCUCCAGCCUCAAUAUCCAGCCGAUGGAGAUGGCGAACCCAGAGGCCAAGCGGCCGGCGGUCAGUCUACCGCAGCAUGCUGCUACGCCUUUGCAAGUUGUGCCAGGUCAGCAAGAAGCACACGAACGUAACGGUGACUCGUGGCAACUACAGAACGUAGUAUCUGGGUCUACAUCACCUUGGCCACUGGACCUAGAACUGAAACCUGUCUCUACGUCCAUGACAGCGGGACGGGAAUUGGACCUGAGUGGGUAUGCGCAGCAGCUGACGGAAAUGAUGCUCGCAUCGCAGACCUCUCUGGGUGAGGCGAGGAGGAUGGAGGAGAGGAGAGGUAGACAGGACGUCUUUGACAUGUCUGCCAAGGCGUAG